UUACCUAUGGUCCUUUUGUUCUGCCUGGAGUGGAAAGGUCACUUCGUCCGGAGGCAGAAAAGUUGAGGCCUGUGUCUGUGAUCGAUCGGGCAGCGAGCAGUGAGAUGAUUGACUCAAGUUAAGGGCGUUGAAGGCACAGAAGGUUGCGGCAGUCUGAAAUGUGGUUUGUGUGAGGCUGAUGAAGAUUUGGUUCCAGUUCAGUCUUUUGUCCUGUGAUUUUUUUCUCCGCAGUCUCACCUUUCUCUGACUGACCACCUCAGGUCAAUCACCGUAAAAUGUCUGGAAAGAUAACAAAGGAGGAAAUGGAGGAGAUGAGAGAGAUCUUUAGAAACAUCGAUCUGGACGACGAUGGGCAUGUCUGCGAUUUUGAACUCAAUGAGCUCCUUAAAAGUGCCGGCCUUUCUAUGCCUGGAUACAAGGUCCGAGAGAUCAUCCAGAACCUGGAUCGUAACAAUGAUAACAAAAUCAGCUUUGAAGAGUUUUUGUCGAUCGUGCAGGAGCAGAGGAGCAGUGAAAUUGCGAAAACUUUCCGCAAAGUCAUCAACAGAAAAGAAGGCAUCCUGGCUAUUGGAGGGACAUCUGUGCUGUCAAGUGAAGGCACACAACACUCGUUCUCUGAGGAGGAGCGAUAUGCCUUUGUGAACUGGAUCAACAGUGCUCUGGAAAAGGACCCUGACUGCCAACACGUCCUGCCCAUGAAUCCCAACUCAGACUCUCUCUUCACGUCUGUCGGCGACGGUAUAGUCCUCUGCAAAAUGAUCAACCUGUCAGUGCCAGACACUAUUGAUGAGAGGACUAUAAAUAAGAAGAAGCUGACACCGUUUACAAUACAGGAGAAUCUGAACCUGGCCCUGAACUCGGCUUCUGCUAUUGGCUGCCAUGUGGUGAACAUUGGCGCUUUGGACCUGAAAGAGGGGAAGCCUCACCUGGUGCUGGGCCUCCUGUGGCAGAUCAUCAAGAUCGGCCUGUUUGCUGACAUCGAGCUCAGCAGAAAUGAAGCGCUGGCAGCAUUGCUGAGAGACGGGGAAGCCCUGGAGGACCUGAUGAAGCUGUCUCCAGAAGAGCUGCUGUUGCGCUGGGCAAACUUUCACCUGGAAAAUGCUGGCUGGCAGAAGAUCAACAACUUCAGCUCUGACAUCAAGGACUCAAAGGCCUAUUUCCACCUCCUGAAUCAAAUCUCUCCAAAAGGCAACGAGGAAGACCAGCCACGCAUAGACAUUAACAUGGCAGGCUUCAGUGAGAAAGACGACAUAAAGAGGGCAGAGCUCAUGCUGCAGCAGGCCGACAGGCUCGGCUGUCGACAGUUUGUCACCCCAGCUGACGUCGUCAGCGGAAACCCCAAACUCAACCUUGCCUUCGUGGCCAAUUUGUUCAACAAAUAUCCAGCACUGACCAAACCUGAGGGCGAAGACAUCAACUGGGGACUGUUGGAAGGUGAGACACGAGAAGAGAGGACAUUCCGAAACUGGAUGAACUCUUUGGGAGUGAACCCACAUGUGAAUCACCUGUAUGGAGACCUACAGGAUGCCAUGGUAAUCCUUCAACUCUACGAGAAGAUUAAAGUGCCUGUGGACUGGAACAACAAGGUCAACAAGCCGCCUUACCCCAAGCUUGGAACCAACAUGAAAAAGUUGGAGAAUUGUAACUAUGCAGUGGAACUGGGCCAUAAAGCCAAGUUCUCCCUCGUUGGCAUCGGCGGGCAGGACCUGAACGAGGGCAACUCUACCCUGACUCUGGCAGUGGUGUGGCAGCUGAUGAGAAGAUAUACGUUGAAUGUACUGGAGGAACUGGGGGAUGGACAGAAAGUAAACGACGACAUCAUUGUAAAUUGGGUGAACAAAACUUUGGCGGAUGCUGGAAAAUCAUCUAAGAUCUCGAACUUUAAGGACAAGAGCAUCAGCAGCAGUUUGGCAGUACUGGAACUGAUAGACGCCAUCCAGCCCGGCAGCAUCAACUACGACCUGAUAAAAACCGACAACCUCAGCGAAGACGACAAGCUGGAGAACGCCAAAUACGCCGUGUCUAUGGCGAGGAAGAUCGGAGCCCGUGUCUACGCUCUCCCGGAAGACCUCGUGGAGGUCAAGCCCAAAAUGGUGAUGACAGUCUUUGCCUGCUUGAUGGGUCGGGGGAUGAAGCGGGUCUGAGACACUGGCUGGGAUCAUUGUGACACUUACCAAAGUCAUACCCACAAGCCAUUAUAGUUUUGAAAGAGCUCCACAACUGAAGGAAUGAAGAAUGUUUUUUUUGUUGUUGUUGUUUUUGAAUGAGAAUAACACGAGGUUUUGAAGUCAAAAUUUGCAUGUAUCCCUGCCUCUUUUGAGGUGUCUACCGAAGAAGUCCUCUUAUUUAAAGUGAGUCAACAAUACUAACAUUUUAAAGAGAUGGGUCACCUGUUACAGAGGACAACUUGUUACUUUCAAUAUGCAGAAGUUUUGAUGUAUAAGAAUGCUGUUUUUUUUUGUUUUUUUUAUGCAUAUUUCCAGCUGCAAGGUUGUUUACAUAUUUUUACUCAGACUGAUAAGUAAAUUAUAUCCUUGACUAAGCAACACACAUUCCGGAAUACCAUAUAUACGAAUAAAUGCUUGACAAGGUAAUAAGAGAAAAAAAAAGUUAGAGGCAGGAUGUUUAGGUGCAGCACCUGGAAAAUACCCAAACAUUCCCUCGUACAAGCUUGUCUUAAUAACUGGCACCAUCAACUUCUACAUAUCUGUAUACAGAAACCAUACGGUCAAAUUAUAGUAAUGACCAGCCUGAUGUGCUGUCUGUAUUCUUGUGCUCGUCAUUUGUUUGUGUCUUGGGAUUAUGAUUUAAGGUAAAUGCUGUUUUUGGGUGUCCAGUCAUUGUUGUAUUGUUUGUUUUGUUUGUUUUGUUUUGUUUCAUCUGUUACGUUGGAUGAGGAGCAGGCUGACUGGACUGUCCUGGCUUCUGCUGUGCCUUCCUCUUGUCUUAAAGACAACUUGUACUCACGCUAAGGUUUUCCCUUUUUUCUAUUGUAUUCAACAUUACCAAAUAUAAACAGUAACUUCAUUCCAGGUAGUUUCACAAUAUUCUAUGACAGUGGCCAAAUUGUAUUUGGCCUGUUUGUCUACUCUUAAGUGCUUGUAACAAUAAAUAAGAAUUUGAAAAACU